UCCUCAGGCUAACAAAUACUCCGCUGUCCUGCCUCAAGGGUUUGGAUCUAUACCGUUGUUAAUAGAGCAGAGGGGAUAAACAUGCAAUUCAUCGUGUUCUGGGUGUUAAUUGUAGGACUCGUCGCUGCAUGGUCGGGGAACACUUGCUACAGAUGGAGGACAAAACGUGAGUGGCAGAGUGGCUGUAUAUACAGAACUUGGGCUGGAUGUUGUGCUUGGGGAAAUUUAAACGUCAAAAUACGUUAUCAAGAAUAUUUCUGCUGUUCUGGAUGGAGACACAACGGCAAUGAAGUCUGUAAUAUCCCUGUAUGUCCUUAUGAUUGUGGCGGAUCCAGUAGAGGGUCAUGCAUCAGUCCAGGGGUGUGUAGGUGUAACGCUGGCUAUACAGGCACAUACUGCAUCGAUGUGGCAGCUUGUUCUCACCUAAAACCCUGUUAUCCGGGUCACUGCACCAAUACUGCGUGCAUGUGUACCAACAAAUUUACCCCUGAGAAUAGUGGAACGUCAAACUGCUUAAAUUAUCCUACUGACAAAGCUUAUUAUCCAUCCAUUGAACAAAGUACUCUGGACCUUGGAUACUAUCAUCAAGUGAAAGGAAUGUUAAUUUACAACAUGACCAUUGACUCUGCUAUGAGCCCUGAUGACGUGGAAACGUUCUGGACAAACCGCAGGGACGCCAACAGGAUGAACUUUACUUUUCAGUCUAUUUUCAGCCCCAGUGUCCUCAAUUUUCCGAGCAGGCCAGAUUACAUUGUCCAGUAUGCCUUUGGAAUCACCAAGGCAGAUGUCAAUGUCAGGGUGACGAAUUUAAACAAUGGAGAAAAAUACAAUAAAGUACUAAGUUGUUAUGGCGUCAGCAGGGAUAAUCCCAUAAAUGAACAACUCUUUCGCUGUGACACGAGUAUCGACGAUUUCAACAUCCGGUUUGAUUACGGUGAUACAUAUUCGGUAAUAUUCAGAGCAGAAAACGGAGGAUUUCGAAUUCUUGAUCAUGGUGGGGGGGAACAGUAUUACACUGGCAGACUAACAACAAGAAAAAUCGACCUGAAGUUUGAUACGGAGAUACCGUACCACUGCAUUGAGAAGAGCGAAUGCGCAUAUCCCGUUUCAGAUAUGAUGUCUAUUCAAAAUGACGUCACAAAGGUACCCAUACAAAUAUCAUGGAAAGGGUGGAAGGACGAGUUAUCUAAAGUAGCACGUUACGCAUUGGAAGUUUUUAAAUUAGUGAAAGGAGGAGAUGGCACAUUAAAGGAACCGUACACAGACUUAGUACCAAAUCCCGUCCCCAUUACUAUAAGGGAGUUCAAUGAAACUACGGAGGGAGGGACUCAUUCCUUUACAUAUCGACCAGAUGAACCCGGAGUCUACUCCUGGAUACUAGAGAUAAACGACAGAGCAAAUAAUUCUGCCUACGUCAGACGUUUCGUCAUUUAUGACCCAAUUUCAAGGGUAAUGUCAGAUAAAUCCCACCCGUUUUAUGCAAAAUCCGGUAAUUCAAUUGCAAACUUUGAAUGGCAAAACAUAAACCCAAAUACGUUUUCCUUUUCCUGGAAGAAUCACUUUUUAAAUGAAGUGCACGAAAAUGGCAACUUCUUAGCCCGCAUCAGGUUGUUUCCAGCUUCCCUUGAUGACGGUGGAGAUCGAAAUGGCUACAAAAAUAUACCUGAUAAAUACGAUGAUACUAAAGGAACAAGAUCCAGAGACGCCAUACCUAAUGAACGAGGAAUCAUCAAAUAUGACGUUGCCUACAAUAUUGGUAAGGACCAAUCAUCACCACCAACCUAUCAGUAUACAAAUUACAAAAACAAUUCGAUUGAAAUUUCGGAGAACCAAAAUCUGCAAGAUGGAAAUUCUUUCUCGGUUUGGGUUAAAGCUUACGAUAUUCUUGGCAACACAAAAGAGGACAGAUUUGUUCUUCAUUAUGAUUCAAGCAAGCCAGGCGUGUCAUCAGCAGAAUUACAGAAAAAUGUUGAAGAGGACGAAAUGAAUUUUACUAGCAGUGUUAGUAUUUUGGGAGCUUCUGAUCCCCACAGUGGCGUGAAAAGAAUCAAGUAUAGGUUUAGGGCUCAGAGUACGGGGAAAGUGAUCAACGACAGAGAAUAUGAGUACCUUAAUCCUACAAGGGAUGAGAGUUAUUGCAACAGAAACCCAUGCGACUCAAACUUGCCGACGGGUGAAUCGUUUGGAAAAACAAUUGACUUUCAUUUCUCAAACUGUUAUGUAACGAAUGUAAGCGACGUCUUUUUGGAAACCGUAAUCAUGGAAAUGAAUAUCUAUAAUUCAGCUGGGCUUUAUGUCUCUAGAAGUAUGCAGAUUACAAAUCUAACUUCAUUAAGAGGAGUCCACAACUAUUUUGGUCCAAUCGAAAUUAAAAUAUCUGAUACAUUCGGGAAAUCAGUUAGAAUUUUCUGGAACUGGGCCCCAUCUUGUUAUAGCAUCCAAGGAUUCCAAUUCACAUAUUCAAGAGAUGGCCAAAAACUUCAAUCAGAGAUGAUCUUUAAAGUCCAGAACUGGGUUAUCCUCGAUUAUGUGGAGGCUGGUGGGAGCUAUCACCUUCAGUUGUAUACCCUGUAUGGUGAAGAACCGAAAAAUUCAAUCAAAAGUGUAGCUUCCAAUUUUUCGUUUUCAACACCAGAAAAGUUGCAGGAUUCAAACUCUGACAAUUUGUCCAUUUUGUACGGUGUGAUUGCGGUUCUUUGCAUUUGUCUUGUAGUGGUGGGCUGUCUCAUCGCCUGGAUUAUAAGAAGUGGUGCAUGUAAAAGGCCAAAAGAGACUCGAGAAGUGACUAAUGCUAGAUCCCCUCCUGGUGAUUUAAUGUCACGCUCCGAUACCUAUGACACGGUGGACGAUGCAUGUAACGAUGCAUGUAACACGGCAUACCAAGAACUAGGUCAAAUCAGUUCACCCUCUAACUACGACCAACUCAGGGGACCAAACAAUGAAUCGCGUCAAGAUAAAAGAACAUCUUAUAAUUAAGAGGGAUGGGUGGUCGUGCCCAUUUUUUGACAAUAAAUUCUCUCCUUUACAAGAAGAGCUUUGAAUGAAAAAAAGGAAAAUAUUGAAAUUUUUCAUCUUAAAAUUAGACUUUCCUAUCAAAUGAUAAUAUAUACUGGCUUAAAAAAUGUCUAAAAUUCUAAAGUUUUAGAUUGUUAAUAUAUUCACCAGGCAGUAAUUUAAACGUUUAGUAUUUAUAAAUUUUCGAUUUUCAAAAACUAUUCUCAGUUUUUAGCUUUAGAUUAAACUUGAUGAAAAUUGACAGGGAAUAUGGUAAAUCAUUUUUUAUGCAACAUAAGAAGU